AGAGAGAUCAGAGAUUUGAUAUUAUGUAUCUGGAAACACAGUUGAGUGGAUUUUUUAUUAUUUAACCGGUUAUCUCAAGUGGUACUUAAUAAUAUGUAUAGGUAUACAUAUUAUUAAGUACUAGAGAAAUGAACGAGAUAGCUGAUGCCGGAGGUGGUUGGAAACAAUACCGUCUUCUAGUUUUCGUCAUCGUAUUUUUUCUGUUCGAGCGGACAGACCGCGUGGUAGGUGGCGAUUGCGGUCUGGCCGAGUUAACUUGUCGAGACGGGCAUUGCGUACCGAUCGAUGCUUAUUGCAACGGACGAGAUGAUUGCGGAGACAACAGUGACGAGCCAGCUAUGUGUACACCCUGUAAUCGUACGUAUCACGGCCGAGAAGGACGUACGUACAAAUUGGAUCUUCCGAGACCUGCCGAGGAACGUUUACCGUUCCUUUGUCAUUUAACGUUCACCGCUGCUGGUCAAGGAUACGGAGAAUUGGUGCAACUGUUAUGGGACGCGUUUAGCGUAGGCAGGGUUGAUCCAAACACCGAUAGCUUCGUCACCAGCUGCCCGGAAGGAUCGUUGCAAUUAGCUGAAUUAGGUAGACAUUUCACCGGUGGCUCUUGGUGCGGUGUCGGGGAAGGAAAAGCUAGCUAUUAUAGCGAGACCAGUACCGUAACAGCCUCUAUAAGACUAUUUCACGCACCUGCUUCCGUUCCGUUCGAAUUUCAUCUACGAUAUAGAUUCGUAGCGCGGAACGAAGCUGUUGCUAGAUUAGGUAAACCCGAGGUUCCUAUCGAGAGGGGUUCUCCGGUACCUGGUACUUAUUGUUCUCGAAAUUUUUACGAAUGUCAUUUGAAGCAAUGCAGACUGCAAAGUCCAAAUUAUCCAGGAGAGUAUCCGCGAAACGCGAGCUGUUUGAUCACCAUCAGACAAAAGGAGGUACCGACCUGUAAACACGCGAUGAUUUCUGUGAAAUCUACGCCGACCGGUCCGUCCGGGAUAACAUCGGCCAACGCUACCUUGACCGUAUGGCAAGAUUGUCCUGCCGAGAAGGAUCGGCUUAUCUUUCGCGACGGUGUUCGAGCCGAAGAUCCGAUUUUAUUAAUAUACUGCGGAGGAGCUUUACCGAGAAUCACCGCCAGAGGUCCAACGAUGCAAGUUGAAUUUCAAAGUUCUCCGAUAGCUAUACCUCUUGGUGGUUCCGCUUUGCGAAUCGAACUCGAGAUUCAAGUGGUUUACGUCGAUUCCGACGGAUUGGAUUACGCGAAAGAUCCUCAAGGUUGUCAUUUUUUUGUAAAUGGUACUAACAAAAGAACCGGUGUAUUGAGAGCACCGCAACACGCACUGCCACCAAAUUCUAGCUGUACCUGGAAUAUCAAAGGAUCCGCAGGUGACAGAGUCUGGAUAUAUUUUUCUUCUUAUUCUCAGAGGGACUUGACGGACUUGAGUCAAGUUGAAAACAAUGCUAGUUCUCAAUCGGAUCUGCCGUGUGCAGUGAAAUUUAUAUUUUGGGACGGUACUCCAACUACUGGACUCGCAAUGGCUACCCUUUGCGACGAUACACCAAAGUUGUGCGCCCAUGCUGCUCUAAGGAAUAUCACGAGAAGUACAAGACCGUGUACAGCGGAGGAAAGUUACAUUACGGUAGCACCGUCUUUGACUUUACACAUGGAAGCUACCUUCGGCACUGCUCUUCAUACGGUCAAUUUUAAUGCACAGUACGAAUUUAUUUCAACUAUACAAGUUGGCGAACCAUGGGGUGACGGUGUUUGUAGCCGAGUCUGGCGUAAAGUUCGAAGCGGAGAAGUAACGUCACCGCGCGACGUUCGUCUUUUCGGUAGGGGAGGAUCUGCGAGAUUAGAUUGCAGAUAUAGAAUCGAGGCUGGUCCCGACGAACGAGUCCGAUUAACGUUGCACAACGUUAGCCUAGGCGAAUCGACCGUUUGUACCAGCGAACCAGAUCCUCACACUGCUCGACCACGGUGCGUCGUUCAAGAAGAAGGCAACCAUAGGCAAGCUCGUCUAGUUUUAUACGAAGCUCCUUGGCGAGACGUGAAGCUUGCCAGAGCUUGUUUCUGUGAUAAUACCUCGCAUCUUCCAUUCACGCACAUCUCUUCGAGCAGAGCUUUAGAAAUUACUUUUCUAGUCGAUCACCAAGCUCCCCACGAAGACUUUGAAACGCUCUUUUUCUAUGCCAGUUUCGAACUCGUUCGAGCACCCGAAUGUCCCCGGAAACAAAGAGUACGUGGCGAAGGUAAUAUCAUUAUAUGUAUAAUAAAUAGCUAUAUCUACAUAUAUGUAAGAAAAGAAAUAUUUUCUUCCAAAGGUGGUGAAUUACGAUUCGUCGCUCCUCCGUUAUCGAGACCAGACAUUUACUGCGAAGGACUUCCAUGGCUGGUGGAAGCUCGCGAAAACAGAUCCUUGUUUCUUCUUACUUGGGGCUGGUUCCUUCCCCUCGAACCUCCUCCUGUAUCAGAAAUGAACGAGCAAGCAAAGUGCCCGACUACCAACAGAAUUCUUCUUUAUUCCGGCUGGCCACCGAAACUUUUGAAAGUGGUAUGCCCUGCUGAACCAGGUGCCAGAGAAUUCACGGUUCAUGUAUUCUCCGAAGAAUGGCUAGGAGGUACGGACGAAGCUAAAUGGCCAGGUCCACCAAGACCACCCGCCCUUCUCUUAGACUUUGUCGCGAGAGAGUCUGGUCAAGCGGCAGCUUCGUGGCUUGAAAUUUCGAAAAGCAGAGCCGCGUUACGUAGACAAUUACGUUUACCCGAGAGAGGAGGAGGAGUAGAAAACGAUACGUCACCUCAUGCUGCAGACUGCCCUCAUAAAUGUCCUGAAUUGGGUGCUUGCAUCGCCGCCAGUCUUUGGUGCGAUGGAAGAUCUCAUUGUCCAUCCGGAUACGACGAAGCAAACUGUGGUAAUGGUGCAAAAUUACUUGGGCUACUUCCUUCAGAAAUCUGGCUCGUUUUGGCAGCUCUCGCUGGAAUCAUCACCGCUUUCGCCUGCUUCUUUGCGAUUCUCAUCACCAGGUCUAAAGCACGUACAAAAAGACUUCAUUACAAGGGUACAAAGAAAAGCAAUAGACCGAGACGAGCACCAACAGAAGAAACGUUACUCGGAGCGGCAUCCUGACAACAGCAACCCGGUUUCGUGGAGUAUAUCCACGUAGACCGGGAGACUACUGUUUAGCAAUAUUCUCUCUGCUUUACCGUCCAUUAACUUACCAUUAUCCCCACCUAUCAUAAUUCUCAUCAAGGUAUUUUGUCUUUUUAUUCUCUUUUUAUUUCAUUUCAUUCCAUUCCAUUCCAUUCCAUUCCAUUCCUUAUUCAUUUAUACAAUACUUAUUUAUUGCUAUUUAUUAGCCAAGGUAGUAAGUACUAUAUGUAUACUUGAUAAUACGUACGAUAGAAAGGGACACAAAAUAUAGCCAUAUUGAAUUCUUUUCAAUUUAUAGCUAAAUCAGUAUCUGUGAAAAA